UCCGAUUAUUCUAGCAUGUGCUAUUCCAUGAUGUGUAAGAGACCCAAUUCUACAUUGUGCUAUAGUUAUACCGCUGCUACCGGAACCACGUGUGGAAACCAAAAGUGGUGUUUCCAAAGCUCCUGUAUUGCAAACUCCUCGGCGCCCGUCGUCAGUGAUACGUGUCCCUAUGGUGACAAUCCCGGCAUUGUGUACACAGCUGGCUCCGAUUCCUACACUUGCGCUACGCUGUUCCAGGCUUUCAGUAAAGGCCUUAAUUGUCCUAUCUUCCUAACGCGUUGCUGUGCGACAUGUGAGGCUGCUUAUACGUCAAUACCUG